AUGCCGACUCACUGGGAACUGCAGGACACUGACGCGACUACGGAAGAUAGUAACGAUGAUGAUCUGGGCUACCCAAGUGUCGCUAGAGUUCCGAGAAAGCGUCGUAGCCCCGUGCCACUCUCUAAUGACAAGCCGCAAAAACUACAGAGAUCAUUACUGGAGUCCCCUGUAACGGCUGGUAGAGAGAAUGAUUUCAUUGAUCUGUCAAAGACCACAAGUGAAGGGAGUGACGAUGAGUUCAACAAUGGCGAGGCUGUGUACAAAGAGUUUAAGAAUCGUAAGACUGUCCAGCGUAAAAGAUCAGCUGCACAAAUGCGCAAACGCCGAAAAAUCCAAAGCGACUCUAUCGUUGGCCGCCGUGGUACCGGAAUUGAAAGCCGCAAACCAGCUCGCUUGCCCCGAGAAUAUGGUGACCUCAGUUCUGACGAUGACAUGAUGGAAGAUACCCUGCCUGACUACUUGAAAAGACGCCGGAAUGCCUUUGACAAAAGAAGAGAACAGCUUCUUGAAGCCGGAUUAAAGCUACCGCCCGAUUUUGAUGAUGUGCACUUCUCAGAUGACGAACAACUCGAUUCCCUGAUAGAAAAGCCUUCGUUUUCGCAUGCAAAGCCGUCACGUAAGUAUGAGGAUGUCCAACUGCCAUAUUCUUUAGGUUUGAUACCCGCUCCGAUCGCUCAGUGGCUCCGGAAUUAUCAAGUUGAAGGUGUUGGUUUUCUUCAUGAGUUAUUCGUUUAUCAGAAAGGUGGCAUUCUUGGUGAUGAUAUGGGCCUAGGCAAGACUGUCCAAGUCAUUGCGUUUCUUACCGCUGCAUAUGGUAAAACCGGCGAUGAGAGGGAUGCUAAACGAAUGCGAAAGAUGAGGCGAAAAGGAGAAUAUGCCUGGUAUCCUAGGACUCUAAUUGUUUGCCCUGGAACACUUAUUCAAAAUUGGAGAGACGAGUUUGAUCGAUGGGGUUGGUGGCAUGUGGAUGUAUAUCAUGGCGACUCCAAGGAUGCUGCUCUCAAAUCUGCCGCAUCUGGGAGAGCGGAGAUCCUUAUCACUACAUACACCACGUACCGCCUAAAUCGAAGCGCAGUUAACAUGGUGGAAUGGGAUUGUGUGAUCGCGGAUGAAUGUCACAUAAUAAAGGACCGAAAAUCAGAAACUGCGAAGGCUAUGAAUGAGUUGAAUGCCUUGUGCAGGAUUGGGCUAACUGGAACUGCCAUACAGAAUAAAUAUGAAGAACUAUGGACCUUACUGAACUGGACAAACCCUGGGCAAUUUGGACCUAUCUCUACCUGGAAAUCUACAAUAUGUGAACCGUUAAAAGUAGGACAAUCCCAUGAUGCUACAAUAUAUCAGCUGAGCAGAGCGAGGAAGACUGCACGGAAAUUGGUGAAGAAUCUUCUCCCUGCAUUCUUCUUAAGGCGCAUGAAGUCGCUUAUUGCGGACCAGUUGCCAAAAAAGAGUGAUAGGGUUGUCUUUUGCCCCCUUACCGAAACACAGUCCGACGCAUACGAGAAUUUUCUGGAUAGCGACAUAGUUGAUUAUAUCAAGAACUCAUCUGACUACUGCAGCUGUGGGUCUGGAAAGAAAGCGGGAUGGUGUUGUCGGAUGUUUUUACCCCAAGAAGGUAAAUGGCAGAGCUACGUAUUUCCUGCUAUUUCAAACCUCCAGAAGAUCAGCAACCAUCUUGCGAUUCUAAUACCACAACCAAUGGACCCGAAAGACAAGCAAGCAAAAGAUUUGGAAAUGUUACAAGUUGCUGUCCCGGAUCAAUGGAGGGAACUAUACCGCACCCGGGGAUCAAUCAUGAACUACUCUAAUCCUGAAUUCUGUGGAAAAUGGAAAGUCUUGAAGAAGCUUCUGAAAUGGUGGCACGCUAACGGAGAUAAAGUCCUGGUAUUCUCCCACAACGUCAGGCUACUCAAAAUGCUACAGAUGCUCUUCAAUCACACAAGUUAUAACGUGAGCUACUUGGAUGGCUCAAUGAGCUAUGAAGACAGGUCAAACAUUGUUAACGCGUUUAAUUCGGACCCCCGGCAAUUUGUUUUCCUUAUAUCCACGAAAGCAGGCGGAGUAGGGCUAAACAUAACCUCUGCAAAUAAGGUCGUUGUUGUUGACCCGAAUUGGAACCCUGCUUAUGAUCUUCAGGCACAAGACCGUGCGUAUCGGAUUGGCCAACUUAGGGACGUGGAAGUCUUUAGACUUGUUUCUGCCGGCACCAUCGAAGAGAUAGUAUAUGCCCGUCAAAUAUACAAGCAGCAACAGGCAAACAUCGGCUACAAUGCUAGUACUGAAAGACGUUAUUUCAAAGGUGUUCAAGAGAAGAAAGAUCAGAAGGGAGAGAUUUUUGGUUUAGCAAAUCUCUUCGAAUACCAGAACAAUAAUGUUGUUUUAAGAGAUAUCGUUAACAAAACUAACAUAGCUGAAAGCAAGGCUGGCGUACAGGUAAUCGAUUUCGAGAUGGAGAGAGAACAAAGCCAGAGUGAUUAUGAUGGUGGAGAUGACAAGCUUAAUCUAACCACACCAGAUGAAAAUGAUGACCUCGCAAUGAGCCAGCUCGCGGCUUUGGUUCGUGGUGAAGGACUUGCAGAAGAAAACAAGAAGUUUGUACCAAUCCUUAAACAUGACCCUAUACAAGCUAUUCUCGCAGGCGCGGGUGUUGAAUAUACCCAUGAGAACACAGAGGUCAUUGGUUCUUCCAAAAUUGAAGCUCAGCUCAGCCGUCGUGCCGAGUUAGUUAAUGAUGGCGAGAGGAUUGGUGAAGAACAAGUCUUCAGACCGGAAUCUAGGGAAGGGAAGCCUGCUAGCAUUCUGGUUCGUGGGAAGAAUGGACAGUCUGCUACGUUUAAGUACCGACCUCCUCCAGAGGUUAUGAAACGUCAAUUUUGUAGCAUGGCGGCUCGUUAUGGUUUCCGGGAUGUGACAGAAUUUGCACUUACAGUCGAAGGCUUGACUUCAGCACAACGGAGAACCUGGCUAGAGAACUGGUAUAAAGAACGCAGAGAGAAGCUACUCGGUGGCGGAAUCUUCAAGGAUUCUCGAGGUGCUACUAGACCACAGCAGGCUGGGGACUGA